AUUGCAGACCGUGACGCUGCAUGACCCGGAAGCAGCAUCCCCACGAGUGAAACCAAGGGAACAGCAUGGCGGAAUACACAGACCACGACGGAGGUGCGGGAGAAGAUGUGCCCGAGCUGUCAGACAGUGAAGAUGAUGAGCAGUGGGAAUGGAUGGAGGAAGACUCCAAGGCUUCCAUCCUGUGUUUAUUUUGUGACCAAUCACUGAACUCGGUCUCGAGCACACUGCAGCAUUGCUUGUCCGAGCAUGGUGUGAACAUUCCACAGUUGUUGAAGAAAUUCAUGUUGGACGAUUAUGGCUACAUAAAGAUGAUUAACUACAUAAGAUCAGUGAAGUGUAGUGCAGAGUCGUUGCAACAGAGCUGUAGUAACGGGACCUUUCCCUGGGCCAGUGAUGACUACAUGCGGCCAAUUCUACCAGACGAUCCUCUACUCCAACUUGAUGUGGAGGAGCUGUGUGAUGCGCAGGUGCUGGAGGUGGGUGAGCAGCAGCCGAGCGGGGCUGGGGCUGGGGCUGGAGCCGGGGCCGGGGCUGGAGCCGGCCAGGCAGCACAGCUACUCCACAGGGCCCAGCAGGCAGAGGAGAGGGCACAGCGCUCAGAGGAAGCCCUAGCCAGAGCCAUGGAGGACCUGCACAAACUCAAGCUCCUGGCCCAGGGCUUGGUGCUGAACGCGGAUACGGGCCGAGGGUCCGGCGGUGGCGGCGGGGCGAUCGCGGAGCUGAGGGAGGAUGAGGAUGAGGCGUACUUCAGCUCCUACGGCCAUUACAGCAUCCACGAAGAGAUGCUGAAGGACAAGGUGCGCACCGACAGCUACCGGGACUUCAUGUAUCAAAACCAAGAUGUCUUCAAGGACAAGGUGGUGCUGGACGUUGGCUGUGGCACUGGGAUCCUGUCCAUGUUUGCUGCCAGGUCGGGGGCCAAAAUGGUCAUCGGGGUCGACCAAUCGGAGAUCAUCUACCAGGCCAUGGACAUCGUCAGGUCCAACAACCUGCAGGACAGGAUCACCCUGCUCAAGGGCAGGAUAGAGGAGGUCACGCUACCGGUGGAGAAGGUCGACAUCAUCAUCUCAGAGUGGAUGGGCUAUUUCCUUCUGUUUGAAUCCAUGCUGGACUCCGUGUUGUAUGCACGGGACAUGUACCUGGCAGAUGGGGGCUCAGUCUAUCCGGACGUUUGCAACAUCAGUCUGGCCGCUGUCGGGGACACAAAGAAGCACGGGGAGCGCAUUGCAUUCUGGGACGAUGUGUACGGGUUCCAGAUGGCCUGCAUGAAGAAGGCGGUGGCGCCAGAGGCGGUGGUGGAGGUGCUGAACCCAGACACGAUCAUCUCAGAACCAGCCAUCAUACAGACGUUGGACUGUAACAAGGUUUGCCUGUCUGAGCUGGAGUUUGCUGCCGACUUCACUUUGAAGGUCACCGAGACAACACAGUGCACGGCUGUUGUGGGCUACUUUGACAUUUUCUUCGACAAGAGCUGCGGAAACAAGGUGAUGUUCUCCACUGGACCUCAGUGCACCAAGACCCAUUGGAAACAGACAGUCUUCCUGAUUGAAGAGCCUUUUCCUGUACAGUCAGGUGAGGACUUAACGGGGAAGAUCACAGUCCGUAAGAACAGGAAGGAUCCUCGUUCCCUAAUCGUCACCCUAGAACUCGCCAAUCGCAAGCAGACAUACAGUCUUCAGUGAAGCCCACGACACGACCCCGCUGUCAUCGCGAACCAUGACCCCACCCUCGUCACGACCACGACCCCACCUUCAUCAGUGAAGCCCACGACACGACACCACCGACCGUCAUCAUUUAACCAACUGCUGCCUGCCGCAUUAUUGAAUUCCCUCACAGACACUCUAAGACUGAGCAUGUACAGACAUGCUGUUUGAAUAUGGUGUCCACAGGACUCUUGAUCUCAACUCUGCUCUGCGUUCAAGUCAAGACCCCUCAAACCAGGCUGGUGUGGACACUGGAAUGUCAGCUCCUGUCUCCAACGGAGAAAAAAACUGUAAAGGAAGAUCAUAUAGGUUGCAGUGGUCAGUGCAUGAAUUCAAGACCCCUGCUCUUGAUGAGUUAAUGGUUGAUAUCAGAGACAAGCAGAAUCUGUUACCAGUGUUUGUAGUGGAAAUGAAAUGGUUUUGUGUGGCUUUACGGCCUGAAAUGGGGAAUUAUCUUCAAGUUGUUGUGCCUGUAAAUUUGCAGACAGUGUUUUUUUUUGCUGGCAUACAGACAUGCACACACAACAGAACAACACUGCUGACGAGAGCCUGGCCUUACAUUUCAGGUUUUCCACCAGAUUAUGUCAUUGAAGCGUUUCUGUUAGUUUCGUCAAGAAAACUUUCUUUCUGAACUUCUGAACCGAACAAUAAAGGUUUUUUUUUUCCCACGUCA